ACUCCGCCACCACUUUCCUCUUCGCCGCUGAAAUAUUUUAACAAAAUGUCUUUCUCUGGAUUUGUUCGCGACCUUUCUCUCUGCGCUUCUCACAGUUCGCAUGGGAGUGGGAGAGGCGGCGGUGACACCAUACGCAACCCAAUCUCCCAGAUCCGGCUACUGGCACUAACCCUAGCAGCAUUCCCCCUCUCAAUGCCUCAUAGGACUCCCAGAUCUGCGCUUCUCACAGUUCUCUUGGUCAGAAUCACUAAGUUUAUGGUCAGACCACCAAAGUGCAAAGGAGCAGAGAUGGGUUUGUAACGAGCUUGGCCUGGUAACAAUCCAUUUUAGACAACAAGACUGCUUCCUAGAUUCCUAAUUCUGCCAGCUAUAGGUUUCUUAUCUGGGCUCAAAAGCAAUGGCUUCCAGCAAAGAUGAUGUUGAUCAACCUACUGAUUCCUAUUCUCUACUUAAGAAUCCUUACAAGGAUCUUGAUGAUGGUCGCCAGCGGUUUCUUCUUGAGUUGGAAUUUGUUCAAUGCCUUGCCAAUCCAACGUAUAUCCACUACGAUGAGUAUGCCACCGCAUCAGAAAAUGAUCCAAAGAUUUUGUUGACCACAUCUCGUGAGCUAAGCCAGCAUCUUGGUCAGUUUGUUAAAGAAUUAAAAUUGGUAUUUCCCAACGUAGCGAGAAUGAACCGUGGUAGUCAAGUGAUCUCAGAAAUUAUUGAGUUUUGCCGAGCGCAUGAAUAUAUAGAUGUUAUUUUUGUGCAUGAACAUCGUGGUGAGCCUGAUAAUUUGGUCAUUUGCCACUUGCCAUUUGGUCCAACUGCAUUCUUUGAGUUGCUGAAUGUGUUUACAAAUCUCAAGUACUCCAGAGUUAAAAUUGAUGAAGUGUGGUUCGAGUGGGCAUACUACCUUGAUGUUUGUCCCAUCUUGCCAAAUGAUGGCAUAGGUUCUUUUGUGCUUGUUCUACUAUCUCGGCCUUUUUGCUCUUCCCCUUAG